CAAACGAACCGAAGUUUUAGUUCGGAAUAACAAAUAUUCGAAGUAUUUCUUCAGAAAAGAUUGUAAUUCUUUGAUUAAUAUGAAUAAACAUAAUUCUAAUAAAGUAAAGAUUGUAUCAGACGCCAUCGAAGAGUCUGGGAAAAAAGGAAAGCGGAAAACGGCAGAAGAUAUUAAUGAUGAGACAUCGAAGAAAUCCAAGUCAGAAAGCAUUGCGGUCGGGACAACCAUUGAGCAAAUUAUACUGACGAAUCCUGCACUCAAAUUGAACAAGAAAGCAAAGCGAGCCAAGAAACGAGAGAAAAAUGCCAAAAACCAGGAAGCAAAACUAGAAAAGUCUAAAGACCGUGAAAAAGAGGAAACGAAACAAUAUCUUCAAACAUGGAAUGAUAACCGCGAUAAGUGGAAGUUUCAAAAACUGAGGCAAAUAUACAUUCAAGAACACGUUUUUGACGAAGCUAUGCUCGAUGGAGAGAUCUGGCCGGUUGCUUUAGAGUACCUAUCCGGUACCAAGGGAUUUGGUAGGGACGCUCUAACCAAACAAGCAAAAGCGGUUAUAAACGAAACAGACCAACGGGUGAAGGACACUGACAACACUUUGCUAACUAAUGACAGUAAAUAUCAGAGGGCAAGGGAAUUGUUGCAGUAUCUCGGAUAGAAUAAGACAAAUGUAAAUACUAUCGUGACAGGCUAAGGGCGGUAAUGGCCCAUCUGGCCCGUUUAUUGCUAGGUUAUAUUUUCGAUUGUAAUGACUUGUACAGUGACUCCCGAUGAUAGUUUCGUGGCGUUGCAACACAGAUUCACUCCAGGUCGAGAAAAAUGUUUCUUCCUCGAACAAGAAAUACACAAGUUUUCGUCGCACUAGUGUGAAACAACAUGCUCACACGUGGAUAGUUUCAUCGGAAAUAAAUAGAUACUUAAAUGUUUAAAAAGCUAUUUUGGAAAAUUAUGUUUCUACAAUAAAUUUGAUUGAA